UCGGUUUAUCGGGGAGUUUCAUGGUUGCGCGUAAGGCAAUUCCUUUGUUAAAACAGGCGGGUGGCGGCUCGAUCGUCAAUAUGUCGUCUAAUGCCGGGCUAUUCGGCUGUCCGUUACGCUCGCCUUAUGUGGCGGCCAAAUGGGCGAUAGUCGGUCUCACCAAAACCUGGGCGAUGGAGCUUGGUCCGUAUAAUAUUCGUGUCAAUGCGAUUUGCCCCGGCAGUGUUGCCGGGCCAAGAAUCGAUACUGUGAUCGAACGCGAUGCGGCCGAACGCGGCAUGCAGCCACAGGAAAUUCGCGAUGUUUAUCAACGCCAAAGCUCAUUACGCCGAUUUGUCGAAGCCGACGAGGUUGCCAAUAUGGCAUUAUUUUUAGCAUCUGAUUUGGGCAAGGGUAUCUCGGGGCAGGCUUUGAGUGUCGAUGGCAAUACCGAAAGCCUGUCGAACUGGCUAGAUUAG